AUGUCGUCCUGUGAGUGCCACGUCUGGAAUGAUAUGGUCAAGGGAUACGUCGAAGUAAAACAGUUCAUCCGCAAUGUGCGGGCCGCCAAGACAAUUGCCGAUGAGCGCGCCGUGAUCCAGAAGGAGAGUGCCGCCAUCCGUGCCAGCUUCCGCGAGGAGACCCAUGACCACAACGUUCGGCGCAAUAACGUCGCGAAGCUCCUCUAUCUCUUCACGCUUGGCGAGCGGACACAUUUCGGCCAGAUCGAGUGUCUGAAGCUGCUGGCCUCGCCGCGCUUUGCCGACAAGCGUCUCGGCCACUUGGCAACCAGCUUGCUGCUCGACGAGAACCAGGAGGUGCUGACGCUCGUCACAAAUUCGUUGAAAAAUGACCUGUCACACUCGAACCAGUACGUUGUCGGCCUGGCGCUGUGCACGCUCGGCAACAUUGCGUCUGUCGAGAUGUCACGAGACCUGUUUGCCGAAAUCGAGAACCUGAUAUCGACGUCCAACCCGUACAUCCGGAGAAAGGCCGCUCUCUGCGCCAUGCGGAUAUGCCGCAAGGUCCCCGACCUCCAGGAGCACUUUAUCGAGAAGGCCGCCCAUCUGCUGUCCGACCGUAACCACGGCGUGCUACUCUGCGGCCUGACGCUGGUUACCAGCCUGUGCGAGGCAGACGAGGAGGACGAGGAUGCCGACGUUGGCGACGAGGGCAUCAUUGAGAAGUUCCGCCAGUUCGUCCCGGCGCUGGUGCGCACGCUCAAGGGCCUGGCGUCGUCUGGUUACGCGCCGGAACACGACGUCACCGGCAUCACCGAUCCGUUCCUGCAGGUCAAGGUGCUGCACCUGCUGCGAGUGCUGGCUCGUGGUGACGCGCAAACAACGGAGCAGAUCAACGACAUUCUUGCACAGGUGGCCACGAACACGGACUCGUCCAAGAAUGUGGGCAAUUCGAUCCUCUACGAGGCUGUUCGGACGAUCCUCGACAUUGAGGCCGACUCCGGACUCCGUGUCCUUGGCGUCAACAUCCUCGGAAAGUUCCUCGCCAACCGCGACAACAACAUUCGCUACGUGGCGCUCAACACGCUCAUCAAGGUGGUUGCUAUCGAGCCGAACGCCGUGCAGCGCCACCGCAGCACUAUCCUCGACUGCCUGCGCGAUCCUGACAUCAGCAUCCGGCGUCGUGCUCUGGACCUCAGCUUCACCCUGAUCAACGAGGGCAACGUACGCGUUCUCAUCCGCGAGCUGCUUGCGUUCCUGGAGGUGGCCGACAACGAGUUCAAGCCGACAAUGACGAGCCAGAUUGGCAUUGCCGCCGACAAGUUCGCGCCCAACAAGCGCUGGCAUGUCGAUACGAUGCUGCGCGUGUUAUCGCUGGCCGGCAACUACGUUAAGGAGCCCAUCUUGUCCUCGUUCAUCCGCCUUGUGGCCACGACGCCCGAGCUGCAGACGUACGCCGUGCAGAAGCUGUACGCCAACCUCAAGAAAGAUAUUACGCAAGAAAGCUUGACGCAGGCGGCCGCCUGGUCCAUUGGCGAGUACGGCGAUGCGCUCUUGCGGGGUGGCCAGUACGAGGAGGAGGAGCUUGUGCAGGUGGUGAAGGAAGAGGAUAUUAUCGACCUGUUCUCAACCAUCUUCAACAGCAGCUACGCCACGCAGGUGACCACCGAGUACCUGCUGACGGCGCUGAUCAAGCUGACGACGCGGCUGUCGGACCCGGCACAGAUCGAGCGCGUGCGCCGGAUGCUGCUGGCCAACCAGACGAACUUGGAUGUCGAGGUGCAGCAGCGCGCCGCCGAGUACGGCAAUCUGUUUAACCACGAUGAGAUCCGCCGCGGUGUGCUGGAGAAGAUGCCGCCACCGCAGAUCAAGGAGUCGUCCCGCGUGUUGGGCGAGGCGGCUGUGACCAAGAAGUCGAGCAAGGCCGCCAACCGCAAGUCCAAGAUUGUCAAACCGACCGAGCAGGAUCUCCUGCUGGAUCUCAUGGGUGACAGCGCCCCGGCCGUCGCGUCGCCUACCAACGGCGCGCAGCACAACAACGCCGACCUACUGGCCGACAUUCUCAGCGGUGGCAGCGGUCUUUCGGGCUCGCCCGCACCAUCAACGUCAUCCCCCGCGCCGGCACAAAACAACGUCUCUACUAUCAUGGACCUCUUUGGCUCGUCGGCACCUGCUGCCGCUGCCACACCACCCCCCGCUGCGGUUGCAGCACCUGGCGGUCUUCCCGUGGAUCUCUUCUCUUCUUCUUCGACUCCUGCCGUUCAGCAGCAGCAACAGGCCCCGUCUGCGGCACCGACAGGUCAUCCCGUCUACAACGGCAACGGUCUGGAGGUGACUAUUGCUACGCAACGAAACGCCGAGGGCGCCGUACAGGCGAUGGCGCGUUUCCGCAAUGUGGGCGGUGCGCCCGUGUCAGCCGUGGGCCUACAGGCAGCUGUGCCCAAGUCCCAGAAGCUGCAGUUGCUGGCCAUAUCGUCGGCCGACCUGGCUGCAGGCCAGGAGGCAACGCAGCUGAUGCGGGUUGUUGGUGUGAAAGGACCCCUUCGUCUGCGACUACGUAUUGGAUUCACGCAUCCCUCGUCCGGCCAAGUUGUCGAGCAGGUCAACUGGACCGAGCCGUCAUGA